CAUUGUUGUCAAAAAGUCAUUCAGCUUAGCUUGGUCCGUAAUAUUUUAGGAAUAAAUCCAUUCCGAGGGUAACUGCAAACAAAAUUAAAAUAAUCCUAACAAGAUGACGUGAUACCGUGAGUGUCGACCGAUUCCCGUCACAGAAAUCGUUAAGGUAAAACUUUUAUUACAAGAAGCAGUUCCUCCUUUGUUACUUCGUUAUUGCAAAACCAUUGUUUUCAUCCCGAGAUAAUUUGAUCUGGGCGUUAAUCUCAUUAGUUUACUAUUAAAAAAAUGUCGUUUUCAUUGCGUCGUAUGCUUUCGAACAUAAGUUAUUUCAAUAAGCCAGAAGAUGACGAUAGAAAAAGUCCCGACGUGAUUCCAUCAAAGCGAAGGCUGAAAUAUGUCUACACCGAUGUCUCUGAUAACAUAGAUUUUGACCGCGUCGAAGCGGAUUCUACUUCCAAACAAUGCGCUACAAGCCUAAAACUUCCAGAAUCCAUUAAAAACUAUGCAGCAAAGAAAGGUUCUUUGUCAGACACCGACAUUCUCACUGUUACUUUGGGAUCCCCCAAAAAAGGGAAAAAAUGCAAAAAGUUAAAGUUGGACAUCAAAAAAGCGAGCAAAUCGAUGACGGACGCAGUCGACGAGUCAGAUAGCUCCAAUAACGUUGAAAACACGCCUAAACAUGUACUCUUGGAUUGCAACAGCGAGGAUAUCUUCAGUCAAAAGUUUCAGGAAUUCGACUUGGAUCGUUCUUUCGAUAUCUUUGAUGCGAUGUCUGAUGAGUCUUUGGAUAUAGAAUCUCUAACGGAACAUUCCGAUACGGAUAUGUCAAUUGUCUCGGAAAAGGAGAGCAUCCAAAUGUGUCGCAAGGUUGAACAUGACGGAGAAAUGGACAACGAGUUGAUACCGUCUGCCAGUCCGGAGUCGUUCGGAGAUGUCGAGGUUGAGAGGAAUGAAGAGGACCGCGUGACACUGCUACUGAACUAUCAGAUGAGGUUGGAAAAGAUUGAUAAUGUACUUCAAAAACUUUUGUCCGAAUUUCAGUUUCAUAUCGAAGUUUCUAAAGUCUUUACGUGCAAGUCUAUAGUCAGCACAUUACCUGGGACUGACAUUAGUAAAAUCCCAAAGAUUUUGGGUGAAGUAGCUUAUAUAGAUAACGUUAAAGCAGACAGUCCUAUUGAAUCUUGGAAUAUUGUUAUGGAAACGCAAGAUACUGUAACGAAACACAAAGUCAAAGAGCAACUUCUCGCUAUGCGUCAGAAUAUAGAUGAGUUCGUCGACGUAUACCUGCAAAAUCGGGACACACGGAAGAAGUUGAAAGGUAGAAGUAUCACGUUCGACCUGAGUAAGAAACCGAAGCCCAUGAAACGGAAAAUAAGCAUCAAGAAGAAACACAGACAUUUCGACUACCCUGAUUAUCGUGAUGCGUUACUCCGCCUGUUCUCAUGUGAAGAUCUUGAAAACACACGGCUCACCCACAUGUCAUGUUCAGAUGAAUCUGAAAUUUCCAAGUGUGGUUGCCAAUGCCACCAAAGUUCUUCGGAAUCUAUCAUCGAUUCUGGACUCAAUAACAAAGAAGAAUCUAUGUCAAGUCAGUCUAUCACCUCAUCGAUUGGCAAUUUCAGCCUUGACAAUUCAACGUUAACAGCUUACUCGGAAUCGUUAGAUCAAAUCGUGAGUUACAACAGUUUCCAAGACACGAGUCUCUACAGCACUCUACUCCAGAAAGCGGCAAUUGAAAGAAUCACAUUCUACGUACAAGUGCACAGCAUCCAGUUGAAAUGUGAGUCGUCUGAGCAAGAGUUCGAAUCAAAAAGCACCAUAUUGUUUGACUGUCCAGUGUGCAAAACCGUUGAGAACGAGGAGAACGGCCUCUUGAAGCACAUUCUGAGUCAAAGUCACUGUGAAAAAAUACAUUUUCAGUAUAAAACUGCGUAUAUAAAAAAAUGCGUUGCGGCAGGCAAGGAAAUAAUGCCCAGCACUGUGCUUAAUCCGAUGAGGAUGUAUCGGGAUGAUAAUAAAAUUGUAUGUUUCGGUGAUGCGAUGUACGCUUGCUCGUUGUGCUUUGAGAACCUGAUUGUGGGCGAGUCCGUGCUGAUGGCACACUGUGCUGAUGCGGAACACAUUGAUAGGAGAGCGAAGCUUUGCGAAAUCUUAGAAUGAAGCAUGAUGCAUGUAAAAGGUCACAUAUCAUGUGUUUUCUAUAUGUAAAAAAAAAUUUUUUUUUUAUUUAAACACUGUUCAUGACAAUGUUGCCAUUGUGUAGUUUGUAACAUGUUUUUAAUUGCAGACAGAUUAUGUUUUUUAAGUUUAAAAGAAUUGUACCUUCCACUAUUUUUAUUAAUCAAUAAAUAUUAAGCACAUGAUAUUUGACUAAAUUUUUAUCAAAAUGUGUGUAACCUAAUAUAUAAUAUUAAGAAGUAACAUAAUAAUAAUUAUAUGUGUAUAACGUAAAUCUCAUAAUAUGUCUGCCGAUUGUACCAAUUUUAUUUUAUUUUUCAUAUUCGGAUGUAUAUAGCAGCCCUUCAGUGUUAAUUUUUGAGACUACAUUUUUUUUUAUAAUUAUUAACAUAAAAAAAUUCUGUAAAAAUGCACUCACUUAAAAAAAACAUUUUAUUCAAAAUACUGAGAAUAUCACCUCUUUUGCUUACUUUUGUUUAAAUUAUUAUUUUGUAGGAAGACUCAAAGUCAACUAAACGUGAUUGUUUUUAUGUAUCAGUUAUAUUUUUAGUUACAAGUCAUCAAAUUUAUAUUUACAUUCGGAAAUAUUUUGUAAAAUAAAAUCAAUUGGUAUGCAAUUUAUCUUGGUACAGUCACAUACAUAUUAAAGACGUAUUAACAUAAGUAAAUAUAGUUCACAUUUUAGCUAAAAAGCAUGACGUUUCAUAGAACUGAUUAUAUUCAAAUUGAACCAAAAUAAUAAAUUAGAUCUCAUUUUUAUACCAGGUCCCUUUUUCGUUUAUUAAAAGCGACCAGCUUAAUUGUGAUAAAAUGUAAUUUUUGAACUACAUAGCGGCAUAUUUGACUGACACGUUAUAGAAAUUUAGGAAAAAAUAUAAAAGUUUUAAAUAAUAUAUAUAACGAAAGCAAAGAACCUCAAUUAAGAUUAUUUAUGGUGCUGAAAAUACGAUUGUAAAAAGAAAAUUGGAAAUAAUUUCUUGAUAUUUCGUCAAAUGUGCCGCGUCCAUGCCCCGCACAGAUGUGGCGGAUUAUUUUUGUUUCGUUACAUCAAAUUUUUAUCUUUGUGGCCAGUUUGAAUAUACACAAUUUUUUUUUAAAUCAACAAUAAGCUCUUGCAAUUUAAUAGAGAUUACACAAAAAAUACAGAGGAAAGCUUUAUUAAUAUAAAUUAUGCUUUCAAAGUGACAAUUUUACAUUUUGUUUUUUAAAGAUAUAAAUAAAUUUUUUUGCUAAACUGAUUAAUUUAACAUUAAUAUCUCGCCUGUUUAUCACUGGUAUGAUAAAUUAGGGUGAUUUAGAAAAAAAACACAAUCAGUGUUUUUUUCUUUUUUUCAAGAUAAUCCUUGAAGUUUACAUCUGUGCGUGGCAUUGUAGUUGGUGCUUGCACACUGCCAUAUUAAAAUACCGUUUCGUGUUCAUAUUGUCUGGGUUUAGACGAUUUAGUGUUAAAAUAUUGUCGAAUUCGUUUCUCCCGUUACGUUCUGUGAUUUGAAAUGAUGUUGUGAAUAAAUACAUAGUUGACAAAUAGUACCGUUGAAUUUUACGUAUAUAUACAUUCCAUUUUCUUUUGUAUAUUCUGAUGAAAUUCUUUUUUUUUUUAGCAUUACAUACUAUGUGAAAAUAAUAUUUAGAGUAAAAAAAUAAUAAUUAUGAUCUAUUCAAAAUUGAUAGAUUGGUAACAACAAUUAUAUACGUAAUUUUAAAAUUAAACUCUCCUGCAAUAAGUUACGGAAUAUUGUGCCUUUCCUCCUAUUUAUCAUAGUUGUGACGAAGCGAGUUCGACAAUAAAUUCAAAAACAGGGUGAUUAUUGCAUUUUCUUUGUCCACUUUUCGUUCCAACUUGGAUUAGGUGUGAUGUAAGUUAUAGUUUUAAGUGUAUAUGUACUUUAUUAGCACUCUAAAAAUGAAUACCUCUCAUAUUGGAACGUUGCAAUUAUUAUGCUCAAAUAUGCACACGCAAUACGAUAUAAUAUAUUCAAAAUAUUGUUAGUUGCAAACAAGAGUUUCAUACACAAGAACUAAACAUUCCAUCGUUCAUUCUGUUUAUGUUUUCUCUUCUCUUGGCGUCUUAGCCUCUUUUUGUGUAAGUAUUUGAAUCCCUGACUGUUGAAAUCACAAGUGAAGUUAAAAAUUAUUUAUAUUUACAAAACCUGCCUGUGAAUUUCACAUAGAGCUCUUUAAAUCUUUCUCAAAUGAUUUUUGUGAAUUGAAAAACUAAUGGAUACUAUUAAAACUGAAUUCCUCGUACCAUUUGUCUGUACAGACCGCUGUACCCGUUGGCACUGAUAUAUCAUUAUGACAAUGUAUAAUUUUACGUGAAUUUCGUCACUGGGAGAACUUAUAAAUUUCCAUAUUAGAUUAUAAUUAAAUAAGCCUCUUAUUAAUUUUUUUAACUUACUACGAGGCUAACUCAAACAGUUGUCCCAUAAUAUUUUUAUUUAUUUACGUAAAAAUGUGCCACUCAUGUGUAAAUGUAAGGUAUUUUUUCCAUCAUAAUUUAACGAUUUUCAGUGUGUACAUAUUUUGUAUAAAUAAAUGGUUUGGAGUCUUCCGUUUUAAUCAAGAUACUUUUGAAAUAAAACUUUUUUUACCACCCUUUGGUGUUGUGAAUGUCAUGAGAAAUAUUUAAAGGAGUUCAUGUUUCCUAUUUUCAUUAAAAAUAUAUAUAUCUAUAUAUCUCUUCAUAUUUUCUCCGGACGUGGAAUGUAUUUAAAAUUAAGUAAUCAGAUCUCAAGCCUAAUUAAAGACUGAUAUUCGAUGCCACUCCAAAAAUUUUGCCGCCUAAAAAAGAUAGAUUAAAUCUGAUAAAUGUAAGCGAAAAAAAAAUGUCUUUUCACUCUUUAAGCUAGUAUUUAGCACUUAUAAUGUAGUCAAACAUAAAAAUUUAUUUAGGUAUUAAGUUGUAACAAUGAAUUCGUUGAUUAUUUGCCAUAACUUUGUAUGUUUAUUGAAACUUUUAAAAAAAGUCUAGAAAUUAUGUCAAAACAAUAGUGAAAUGUGAAAUCUUGAAAGUACAUACCAACUGGUUACAACUUUUUAUACACUUUUAUUUUUUGAUUAUUAUUAUUUUUUUUAAAAAUCGAAUACAACUUUUUUUUUCUUAGAUGCGUAAUAGUUUCGCGUAAGGUAGGUAACAUUGAUAUAUAUAUGUAAGUCUGUGCUUAGAUAUUACUAAUCAAUAAUGUAGUGAAAUUGUUUACUGGUUUAUCAAACAGAUAAUAUGUGAAAAACUAAUCGAUGACCCAGUUUCUGACUUACCUGAUUUUCUCAGUUAUAUAUUUGACAAAUACUGCCUUUUCUGUAUCUUCCUUCUACGUUUUUUUUUUGACUGUAAUCUAUGUAACUUCUUUGAAAUAGUCAUAGGGUAUUUUUCCAUAGUUAAAAUAGAUAAACUUAUAAUUUUAAUAAUUUUUUUUUAUAGUCCUAGACUUUAUUAUAGUUUUUUGUCUAUAUCUCUUUUAACUCAUCGGAUUGUACCCUAUUUCUUUCAGAUUUAGAUCAAAUUUACAAAAAAAGUGACCAUUUUACACCGCAAACGUCAUUCCACUUAAAUGUUAAUUAAUCAUUAAAAACGAUUUAACAUUGAGUAGUAUUAAUGCAUGUACUCUUAUUAAGAUGUGUAAUGGCUCAAAACUGAAAAUGUAAAAAAAAAUAUUUUUUAUAAGUAUACGUAUAAGUAACUUAAUUUUAUUUUUAGAAAUUUUCAAAAUUCAAUUUGUGGCAAAAUUCCAAAAUUAAAAUUGAAUGUUUUUUUUUU